CUCACGUUCACCCGUGCGCCGGGUCCUUCGCCCUCCGUCCUCCGUCCCACCCUCCCUUGCCUCUGGUGUGGAAAGGAUGGAUGCGGCUGCAGCACCUACUCAGAUAGUAAUCGAGGUAGUGUCGUGUUGACCAGAGGUAGAGGCAUACCUCGCGUUGCAGUGGGUUUUGUUUAUUACAACUUUUAUCUGAUAACUUUGUGAUUAUAUAGUUGUUGCCGCAAUGGCGACAGAACACAGAAUAGACAUUACCAAACCUCUAUGGGACCAGAAUACAUUUACGGGCCGCUUCAAGCAUUUCUGGUUGAUUACUAACCCGGUGCUAUCUUUGGCGAGUGAGAAAGAACUUUAUGCUGCUAAGGAUUUAUAUAUAAAGUACCAACAAAAUAAAGAACCGCCAAACACGAAAUGGGAGGACUUAGUUAGAGCGAAACAGCUAUACGAAUCAGCGUUUCAUCCGGACAGUGGAGAACUGCAAAAUGUAUUUGGAAGAAUGUCCUUCCAGAUGCCCGGAGGAUGUCUAAUUACUGGUGCUAUGUUGCAGUGGUACAAAACAACAACAGCUGUAGUGUUCUGGCAAUGGGUGAACCAGUCGUUCAACGCUCUUGUGAAUUACACAAAUCGGAAUGCAAACUCCCCGUUAACAACUACUCAGAUGGGAGUUGCGUACGUCGCCGCUACGACAUCGUCCCUCGCUGCUGCCUUGACGUUCAAGUUUGGCGUACAAAAACGUGUUAAGAAUCCUAUUGUUGCAAGGUUCGUGCCUUUUGUUGCCGUUGCGACAGCCAACUGGGUAAACAUACCAUUAAUGAGACAGAAUGAAAUUAAAUAUGGACUGGAAGUGACAGACGAGCAUGGCAAGGUUGUAGGUAGAUCACAAUUAGCACCUAUGAAAGGAAUUGCGCAGGUUGUCACGUCUAGGAUAAUAAUGUGUGCGCCGGGUAUGUUGCUGCUGCCCGUCAUCAUGGAGCAGCUGGAGAAGAAGGAGUGGAUGAAGCGCAUGAAGUGGGCGCACGCAGGCAUACAAAUAGCUGGAGUCGGCGUGUUCCUAACCUUCAUGGUGCCCUUGGCUUGUGCAGUUUUCCCACAGAGAUGUAAACUCGCAACAGACACAAUCAAGAAAUACGAAAAGGAAAAUUACGACCAAAUAGUAAUGAAUACGGGCGGAAAUGUGCCGGAGUAUGUGUAUUUCAACAAGGGUUUGUAAAAUAUGAGGUUAAGAUAGCGCGGAUUAGAAAAUUGAGAAUAUUUUGUAGUUACGCUCAUUUCUUUUAUAAUAUCUACAAAAUUACUGUUGCCUAAAACACUGUAGUGUAGGCCUAGAUUAAGACGCUGAAGAUAUUAUAACGAUAUGUGUAUUUGGCGGACUAUUUUGAAGUGAUGCAAGAGUAAGAUUUUUUCUGCGCAUGCGUCAUGCAAAAAAAUACUAGAGAAUGAUAAAAUUUAGGCACAGCAUUUUGUUUUAUAAAGAAUUCGCACAGUAGAAAUGCAAAUAGCAUG